AUGGCGGCUCCAGCUUCCAAACAAUUGGGUAUCACUCCGCCUUUAUCAACUACGCUUCCAACAGAUGCUGAGAAGCAAGCAACCGAUGCGCUGAUCGAAGAAUUGACACGAGAGAAUAAUUUCGAAAGUCGUGCUGAUACUGACAAAAGAACCGUCGUCCUUGCAUCCCUACAAAACAUAACUGAAGAAUUUGUAAAGCGAAUUUGCAGAAGGCAAGGUUUACCAGAGAAUGACAUCAAUGCUGCUGGUGGUAGAAUCUUUACAUAUGGUAGUUUUCGACUUGGUGUUUAUGGGCCUGGUUCUGAUAUCGAUACGCUGGUUGUCGUGCCUAAGAAUGUUUCCCGAGAGGAUUAUUUCGAAAUGUUCCCAGAUCUAUUGGUCGAACUGGCCCCCAAGGGAUCUAUCGAAGAACUCACACCUGUUCCUGAUGCCUUCGUUCCAAUUAUUAAGUUUGAAUAUUCAGGCAUCAGCAUCGAUUUGAUCUUUGCAAGCAUUGAUACUCUUGCGCAAGUUCCAAGGACCCUAACCUUAAAGGACGAUAAUAUAUUGACGGGUUUGGAUGAAGCUGGCCUACGCUCUCUUAAUGGAACUCGAGUCACCGACGAUAUCCUGGAUCUGGUACCGGAAAAGGGAGUAUUUAGAAGUGCUUUGAGAGGCAUUAAGCUUUGGGCGCAGAGACGGGCUAUCUAUGCUAACAUUAUGGGUUUUCCUGGAGGAGUCGCCUGGGCCAUGCUAGUGGCUAGAGUAUGUCAGUUGUAUCCAAAAGCAACCGCGUCUACAAUCGUUCUCAAAUUUUUCCGCAUUAUGGAAAAGUGGCAGUGGCCGCAACCAGUCUUACUGCAGCAAAUUAAAGGUGGCAGACUCAAUGUUCGCGUCUGGAAUCCGAGAGUUUACAAAUCUGAUAGUUUCCAUCUCAUGCCUAUUAUUACUCCUUCAUACCCAUCUAUGUGCGCUACUCAUAACAUAACAAACUCGACCAAAGAAAUCAUCUGUCGGGAACUUGCUCGUGGAGGAAAUAUUGUGGACAGAAUUAUGAUGGGCAAGGCACCUUGGAAGGAGUUGUUCGAAAAGCACACAUUUUUUACCCAAGGCUACAAAUACUACCUCUCCGUCAUCUCCGCCAGUACUACAAAGGAAGCUCAACUUAUAUGGGCUGGUUUGGUCGAAUCGAAAGUUAGGAUUUUGGUAACUAACCUAGAAGUUCAUGAUUCGAUCGCGGUAGCACAUCCAUUCAAUAAGGGCUUCGAACGAGUUCACAAAUGCAGCUCGGAGGAUGAAAUUGAUUCGGUAAAGGAGGGCGGACAUCAAUACCAAAUUUACGAAAUCCCCACAGUAACUACCGACCCAUCCCAUGAUCCCAGUUUGGGAAUUGCGGUCAAGGACCAGAAUGGAGAUGUACCAGAAGCCGACAAGAAGGAAACAAUGGUUUAUACAACAACAUUUUAUAUCGGCCUCGAGCUGAGCGAAGGAGCCAAAUCACUCGAUCUUGCAUGGUGUGUGGAUGAAUUUAAGAGAAUUUGCAGAGGCUGGGAUAAGUACAAUGAGGAGCUAAAUACUUUAUCUGUCAUUCACACUCGAAACUGCGACCUUCCAGAUGAUGUCUUUGCCGAAGGCGAGGUCAAGCCAACUCGUUCUCAAAAGAAAAAGAAGCGUACCGCAACCGAUGACGGUAGACGUGCACCCGCGAAGAGACAGCAGGUAGUUACUGCUGGAUGA